AUGAGUUACUACAAUCAAAAAAUAAUGAAUCGUAUGAACCGUAAUGAGGGGGAACCCUUUUACCAAAAUAAUAAUGAUAACAAAAGUAAUAAUAAUAAUAAUAAUAAUUUAUAUAUAAAUAAAAAAAAUUAUGAUACUAAUUAUAAUGUAAAUAAUAAUAUGCAUAUCCCAAACAAUCCUUUUCAAAACAAUGAUUACUCAUCCAAUAUCGAGGGAAUUAAUAAAAUAGAUACAAAUAUUAUGAAUAAUAAUUUUAUAAAUAAUAAUAAUAAUAUAAUUACGACAAAUCCCUUUGGUAAUACAACAUCAAAUAUAAAUGACAAUAAUAAAAUUAAUAAAGACCCCUUCUCAAAUAAUUUUCAAAUGACAAAUAAAAAUAUUAUGAAUGACCAUAUGAUAAAUAAAAAAUACAUAAAUAAUGAUGAUAAUGAAGAAGAAUCACCCUUAUUGGAAGAAUUGGGAAUUAAUUUUGAUCUUAUAUCUAAAAGAAUGAAAUCUGUUUUUUUAUUUUAUAAAAUUGAUCAUACAUUAUUUGAGAACUCAGACUUAUCGGGACCCCUAAUAAUUGUGCUUUCCCUAGGAUUUAUUUUAUUACUAGCUGGAAAAGCUUCCUUUAGUUAUAUUUAUUUGAUUGGUAUUGUAAGUAGCCUGAGUAUAUAUUUACUUCUUAAUAUGAUGAGUCAAAAUUCAACUGUGGAUUUAUAUCGAACCAUUAGUAUGCUCGGUUAUGCUCUGUUACCUCUAGUCAUAUUAUCAUUAAUAUCUAUAAUUAUUAAUUUAAGAUCUAAAAAAGGAUAUUGUAUAUCUUUUUUUUGUAUUUUAUGGUCAGCUUUAACAGCUUCUCGAUUUUUUGAAGUGGCAUUGCGUAUGAAUAGUCAAAGAUACCUUGUGGCUUAUCCUAUAUUUUUAUUAUAUUCAUGUUUUGCCUUAAUUAUAAUUUUUUAG